GUAGAUAUUUAGCUGUAAACCAAAGAGCAGAAGACUGAAAUUUCUCAUUCAUUAGAAGUCAACAAAAGAAAAGUUCAAAUUUUUCUUCUUUUACAUAGUUGAUGAACUAAAGAAGAGCAAAAAAGAACAAAAAUGGGGUCAAUAGCUAAAAAGGGGUUGCAAAAAUACUUGAUACAGCUUCAACAACACCCUUUAAGAACAAAGGCGAUAACAGCUGCAGUUUUGUCAGCAAUAAGUGAUAUAGUGGCUCAAAAGAUUACUGGCAUUAAGAGACUUCAAAUGAGACGCCUCCUUCUGAAAGUGCUUUUUGGAUUUGCCUAUCUUGGACCAUUCGGGCAUUUUCUUCACUUAUUGCUAGACAAACUUUUCAAGGGGAAGAAAGACACAACUACUGUUGCAAAAAAGGUGGUGCUGGAACAAGUGACGUCUUCACCUUGGAAUAACUUGCUUUUCAUGAUUUACUAUGGGUUAGUUAUUGAAAGUAGACCCUGGAUCCAGGUAAAGUCGAAUAUUAAGAGGGAAUAUCCAAAAGUGCAGUAUACGUCUUGGACGUUUUGGCCUGUUGUGGGAUGGAUUAAUCACCAGUAUGUGCCACUUCAGUUCCGAGUCAUCUUUCACAGCCUUGUGGCAUGUGGCUGGGGAAUUUUUCUUAAUCUACGUGCAAGAUCGAUGGCAUUAAAGAAAGUUUGAAAGUCUCAAAGUUGCAAAACCGCUCAGGGGCAACAUGUUCAUAUGCUUGCUUCUUUGAGCUCAACCCAUCGUAUAUGAGAUGAUGUUCGUUUUUUCUCAGCUACUAGUGGCUUAUAUAGUGAUCGGCAUUUCCUAUGUACCUACUAGUGGCUUCUUGUUUUGUUGUAUUUUUUCUUCUUUUUAUUUUUCUUGAAUAUUAGGACAUCUUUUAACGAAAAGAUUUGUUGUCCCGGAACACCAUUUUAGUUGAUGAUUGGCAUAUUAUGACUACAAACCUUAUUAUAAGGGAUAAUAUAAUUUAUUUUAUGUGGCAA